AUGAUGGUUCCCAAGUGGAGUUCACAGCGCAAAGAUCAUUUUGUGGCCGCUGCACGGUUCUUGGUCUUCCGAUUCCGGCUCGACUCCUGGUGGUUUGGCGUGCCAUUGCUGCUGCGAGGUCCCUUGCUUUCCCUGCCGGUGGUCUUUGCAACAGACUAUCCACCAAUCCAGAUCAUCGCGAUUGCCAUGAUUUUGUCCGCCUUCUUGGUGAUGCAGAUGCUCGCGUGGCCUUGGAAGGUUCCCAUGUUGAACCUCACCGAUAUCAUCGUCUCAUUUUGCGUGACACUCUUGGUCACCACCAGCAGCCUGCACUUGAAGGUGGUGGAAGGGCCCAUGGCGGCGUUCGCAGAAGGGAUCUCUACGGCGAUGUUGAGCUGCAUCGGCAUCGCCUUGGGCAUCAUGGUCCUCAUGACCAGCAGCGCUUUGAUCUACCGCUCCGCCCUGGGUGGCAAGAAGGAGCUGAGCAUCUUCAACCUGGGAAAGACCGUUUCCUCGCAAAGGUUGGCCACGAAGCUGAAGGAAAUGUCCGUCCAACUGGAAGCCAUGAAUCAAGCCGAGCUCGCCGAGCAGCUGUCUGCCUUGGCGGUCUUUGACAUGAACAAGGUCACCACGUGCAUCACCCUGCUGGCCACGGAGGUGGCCCCACCGGCGGACGAAGCUGUCACGUACAAGUUCAAUGCGUGA